GCGGCGCUGGGCGCGCUCAGUAGGCUAGCAGCAACCGACCACGACGGACGGUGUGCGGUCCGUCUGCGCUGUGACUGAAAACUAGCAAAAUCCUUUGGCUGUCGAAGGAAAAAGUGUUCUUAUAUUUUAAGCGUAAAAUAAAAGUCACGUUGCCUUCGAUCAACAAAGUGGAACAUCAAACAGUGUGUGAAAAAUCAGUGUCCUUCCCGUGAAGUGUUGUUUUUUGUGAAGAAAAGAAAAGUUUUUUCUGUUUUACAACAGACACAACGAGUGACAAGUGAUUUUGUUUGAAGUGCUUUGGAAGACAAAGGAUUAACAAAAUAACGGAAAACGGCGCAGUUAUGUCAGCUGCAGUCAUGUCGACUUCGGCGGUGUAUGAUUUUGGAGACACCCUCUUAAAGAACCACAGCAGCUCGGCGGUCCGCCACCAGCACAGCCACAACGUGAGAUGGGGUGAGGGCCGCGUCACCAACGCCCUCGACUACCAGCGAGAGAGCCUCAGCAGACGCGCCUCCAACCCGGUGCACACCUUGCACACCGUGCAGCCCGGCCUCCAGCAGGGCCUGCAGCAGGGACUUCCGCAAGGUCUGCAACAGGGCCUCCAGCAGGGACUCGCCCUCAACAUGGCGCAGACCCUCGUGAUCCAGCUCGACACCCAGCAGCCACAGCAGCAGCAGCCGCAGUCGCCCCCCGCCCCCGCCACGCCGACGGCCGCCGUCCCCGCCGCGCACCGCAAGCUCGACCGCAGCCACAGCGAGCCCGCCAACCCCGCGUCGGCGUGCAAGUCUGCGGCCGCGGCCGCCGCCGCCGCUGCCGCCAACAUCAACACCUCGCGCUACAAGACCGAGCUGUGCAGGCCCUUCGAGGAGUCGGGCUCGUGCAAGUACGGCGACAAGUGCCAGUUCGCGCACGGCGCCCACGAGCUGCGCACGCUGGUCCGCCACCCCAAGUACAAGACCGAGCUGUGCCGCACUUACCACACUAUCGGCCUGUGCCCCUACGGCCCCCGCUGCCACUUUGUGCACAACGACGAGGAGUGCCAGGACCAGGGCCCUCCCGGUCGCCAGGGUCCCCAGGGACUCCCUCAGGGACACCCGCAGGGGCACCCGCAGGGGCACCCCCAGGCCCACCACGGCAAGCCCGGUCUGCAGCAGUCCGCCACGAUGCCCGCGCUGCCCGCCCUGGCGCGCCCGAAGGCACUCACGCUGGCCACCGGGCCCCCGCACUCGCCCGCCCACACCUAUCUGGGCGGCUCCACGGCCGACUCACCCUCGCCGACGUCCAGCCUGAGCCAGUCGCCCACCAACUCGCACCGAUCCUUCUUCAUGUCCUCAGAGGACGUGUUCAGCUCGGUGUCCCCCACGCCGACCUCGGCGCACGCCAACACUGCGUUCUCGUUCGGCCAGGACUUCGCCGGACUGGUGCAGUCGCCCGGGCCGAUGCCCAUGCCCGGGCAUCACGUGCCGUGCGGCAGCACCGGCUCUGGCAGCUCCCGAGACUCGCCCUCUCCUCCUGGCUCGCCCUUCCGCCUGCCCAUCUUCAACACCCUGUCCAACCAGGUUAUGAAGAUCCGCCUGGAUGUGUAAAUCCCGUCGCCCCUCACCCCUCCCUUCCUCCCCCUCUCCUCUCCCUUCCCCAUCCAGCACAGCACUAUUUAUGUAGAGUAAAGAAGAGCGGCCCGGCCUCGCCUGGGAUCUCUUGAGGUAGCCCUUUGCUUCCCGAACUCCACGUUUGCUCAAGUCCACCAUCACUAUGGCCUGCCUUUAUCUUCGGGAUUGGUGUCGUUUCUUCUUUGUUUCCAUAUGUAAUUUAUUUGUAUAUCUUAAGAGUUUUGAUUGAAAGGUGUAAUCGAUUGAACCUGUGAGAAUAAUUAUAGUUGACGUUUCCUUUUUUGUUUGUCGAAAACCACCUUGACCAAUGUUUUUCAAUUGAGUAAAUUAUCAUUUUAUGUUAUUUAUUAUUUUACUUAUGAGUUUGAAUGAAAGUCAUAUGUUUGUUUUUUGUUUUUUUAUUAUUAUUAUUACUAGUGCGCUAAAGGGCAUUUUCCUUUGUUUUGUAAUGCUCCAAUCAUGGAAACCAUCAGGGACUAAACGUCCGUGUAGAAGGUACCUUAGUCCAGUAAUGCCUAAACGUGAUGUGAUUUAAUUUUUAAAAUAAUCUGGUUAAAGUACUUUAUAAUAAUAGAAUUGUACAUAAGUGAAAUAAGAAACAAAGUUAACCAAGUUGACCACAUUGUCAUUAACUUCAACAAGUCUUAUUGUUUAGAAUUUUCUUUUGAGUGUAAAUUGCUGCACUUUCCAUUCCAUUAUAUUCCACUGCUACACAUUCGACUUAUAUAAGUACAUUCAUCCAUGAUAACUUGAAAGACUGUCAACAUGAUAUUUCCUCAAAGUAUUGAAAGCUUGAUUUCCUUUAUUUUCAUCUAUAAAGCCUUCUUUAUGGAUCCAAGAAGCUCCUAAGCAAUAAGAUUAAAUGCUCACCACUUGCGGUUCAUAUUUGUGAUGUAUUGUAGCAGCAUCCUUUGACUUCUUAAUUAUGAAAAUCAACUGUGACGCUUUCAUGCUUGUCUUUCAUUGUUAGUAUGAAAAGUAACUGAAAAGUGCCUCAAGUUUUGUGAUUCUGAUGUAUAUUUUAAUUUAUGUUUUGUGAACUGUUUUGGAACGAAUUCCAUAUGGUCCCUUUUGUGUUGUUUUUGCCCUCACUAUUUAUGAUUGCGUUAUGUCACUACUUGAUCCCUAUUUCUAUCAAUUAUGUUUUAUGGAGUGCACUGACGAAGGAUGUAGUUACUUGGGGAGGCUUGUCGGUCAUGGUGUAGCAAGACAGUGUGGGCCAGUAUUGAUGGAUAUCUGUCUGAGACCACUCAGCCUUUGCACAUAGCCUUUGGCUUUAUACCUGUAGUCACUUGAUGUAACUUGUAUAUCGCCAAUAUUGUAUUCAAUGAAGGAAAUUUUGCUUUGAAGACAGAGGAGCCAAUGUUAUCUUAUGUGAUUGGUUCUGCACAUAUAUUUUUUUUAAAUUUAUUUUAUAAAUGUUAAUUUAUGUAUGAUUGUGAGGUCCAGACGGUGAGUCUGGCGUACUAUCUUGCUGAAUCAGGUGCCGAAUAUUACCUUACUUAGAUAAUGCAUAUUUUAGACAGGACAACAUCUGCGUGUCGCUUCAGUCUUUGCACUUCCUUUUUUUAAUUUUUAUCUGUUGAAUUAUUUAUUGAGGGGCGCCAGUUGUAUUUAUUGUGGUCGGCGCGUUGCUGCGCGGGUUAGUCAUGGGGAAGUAGCCAAACCCGUUUCUCAUACAGGUCCAUGAGAUUUUCCCCCCUUUUCUUUAUUUAAACUUUUUUUUUCUAAAUCUCCUAAUUCCAGAGCGAAACCGUCUUAGCAAUAUCUGGUUAGGACAGCAGAGUGCCGCGUUCUGCUGCCUCAGAGCACCCUGAUGUGCUUGUAGCCGAAGGGUUUUGUAUCACAGCUUCGGUUACGGUUUCGCUCUCUUCGGGUUCCUUCGGUUCUUGAACCUUGCGCGUUCGGGGUGGGGCUUCGGCACGGUCAUCAUCUCUUUCGCGAAAGGUUUCGGUUUCCGGUUGGGUUGGUAGAAAAUUCUUGCUUUCAGUUUUGUCUAUAAGAAAAAUGUACUAUUUUUACAUAAAUAGUUUCCCUGUCUAUUUAGUCAAGUUUGUAUUUAAUGUGUGGUAACUUAUUUAACAAGUAUUUAUCACUUUUUGUUUUGGACGAUCGUGCAAAGACACCUUGUGUAUGUUUAUUAUUUGUUUAUAAAGAAUAUGUACCAUUAAAUUAUAUUAUUUUAUAAAUCUUGAUAAAAUCGCAUGGAAAAUGGUAUUACCUUGACAAUCCAAUUUUGUUUCAUUUUACUGUCAGCCAAUGCACAUUAAUUGAAAAUUGUGUGUUGCAAUUCUUUGGUUACUUGUAAAAGUUUUAUCUUUUUGUCAGUUGUGCGAAUCAAAUUAUUUUAUAAUUAAUUACUCAUAUACACAGUAUGAAGAAUCGAAGAUGUUGAAUAAAAUCCAUUUUCCAUUGUUUUCCAAUCAAA